AUGGGGCAUGCAGAAGACUUACUCAGAUGUUAUACAGCAUUUGAAAGCCUGUGGACCAACUUGCAAAAGGGAAAUGGCUGCAUGUGCGUUAUCAACGACAACGCAGUGUUCCCGGAAGACGGCAGACCAAGCGUCCAAGUUCAAUACCCAAUAUUCCAGAAGAAACAUACCGCAGCCUAUGGCGCUGUCGGCGGGAGCCUGCGUUUUUCCAUCUGUGGUAGAGAAAGGAUUGGUGAUCGAUCAGUCGCCAGGGCCAUCGAACAACUUGUGGUGGAUUCCGUUCAAGGCCCACCUGGCCUCAAGACUGUAAGGAGGAACACAAAUCCUACGGAGAGAAGAGCUUGGAACCUCCCUGAAGAGGACAGUACACUUUGGGUCAUCUCCAGCGAGAGACCAGAAGGUCAUCAUCUCAUUAUGGUGACACCAGGACGCGACUCUACGUUGUAG